AAACCUCUGUUGGGCGGUACUCUAGAACCUGCAUCAAAAUGUCCAGAACCACUCACAAGAUCUACGUUGGGAAUCUGCCUCCAGAUACCAAAACUCGAGAUAUCGAGAAUCUAUUUUCAAAGUAUGGUCCGAUUGCAGCAAUCGAUCUGAAAGCUGGACAAAGACGUGGUCCACCGUUCGCAUUCGUUGAGUUCGAAGACGAGCUUGAUGCGUCGGAUGCCGUUCGUGGGCGUGAUGGAUACAACUUUGAUGGGUACGCCUUGCGAGUCGAGUUACCACGCACUGGAGGUUUCAACAAUGGGAAUGGCGGUCCUAACCCUAACCAGUUUCGGCGAGGAGGCUUUAAUCGCGGGGGAGGUGGGGCUAGUGGCCCUUCAAGGAGGUCAGACUUCCGAGUAAUUGUCACGGGUUUGCCACCCACUGGUAGUUGGCAAGAUCUCAAGGAUCACAUGCGUGAAGCUGGGGAUGUUGGAUAUGCCGACGUGUUCCGAGAUGGCACCGGUGUAGUUGAAUUCCUAAGGUACGAGGACAUGAAGUAUGCUAUCAGACGUCUGGACGACUCCAAGUUUCGUUCUCAUGAGGGUGAAUCCUCGUAUAUCCGUGUCCGCGAAGAGAGGGCUGGAGGGUCUCGUUCCAGAUCUCGAUCAUAUGGCUCACCAAGAAGAGGUCGAUCCUACGAUUCGUGCUCUAGGUCAAUCAGCCCUCGACGAUAAGACACUGGACAAGUGUGAAAGUUUGUACGUAAUUAAAAUUUGAUGUCACGGCCAUUAUUAUUCGUUAUCACACAAACUCAAUACAGUUUUCUUGCUUUUAAAGGUCUUCUGGAUAAUGGAAAGAGAAAACGACCACAUAGGAGGGAACGGCGGAAUAUUAGUUUUGUGGCCACAGGAUGGACUCAGUGCAUCUGAAGGGAUAGGAAUACUAAUGUUUACUGUACAUGUCAGUGGAUUGAUGGAUGCACUUUACCAUGAGUGGUUCUCAGGAGGUCAUACUUCUGCUUCUCCAAAUGGAAAAGGGAGUAGGUGUGCAUUGUGGAUCCUAAGUUUGAGUCGAAACCACAAGAUAGUGAAAUGAUCAGUAGGAUAUAAGUUUCAGGAGUCUUGGAUUUCAUCUAAGGAUGGACUUUGGAUUUCUUGGAUUUGCUCACGGAUGCUUGGGAUCGGAUAGUGGAAUGUAGGUUGCAAACCAAGCUGUCAGGAGCACACUCGUAUCAUAAGUCCUGUACAGAAACACUCGCACAGCAACGGAUGUUAGACCCCCACAACUGUUCUGGAACAUUACUCGCCCAUUAAAUGCUUUGGCGUUCCACCUUUGCAAUGGACCCCAAAACAGUCGAUAAACGUCCAUGAAGGCUAUCGUCCAGCACCCAUUGGACGUAAAUAUAUAAAUCCCGUUUGGUUCUUAAAGCUAGGUAGUCAAUUUCAACGCUGAAAAAUACUGUUUUCACAUCAGGACUCAACAUUAUUUGCUUUGGUGUCAAAUAAAUUGUUUAAUCUCUUGUGUUGGUAUUAUGAGGUCCAUGUAGUACUGAUCGGGAGCUGGUUGUCACAAAGCGAAGUCACUGCCAGAUGGUAGGUCUACAUAUGAUAUGUUGUGGUGGGAUAAAGUUCUACAAUUUCAAAUUCCAGUAAUGCCAACUCGAGAAAUUUCUGGCUUGUUAGUCAGGGUCAUUAAUUCUCAGUACUUCAUGGCUAUGAUGAGUCCCCUCGACAGGAAUUCUGUCAACUAUCUAGAGAAGCAUUUCGGUCGACUUCAUUGCUUGGUCUGUCGCAGAAAGGGCUUGUCAGUGAAUGUGGGUAGGUGGGGUCCUCAGAGUUGUUACUGACCAUUGACCGUGGUAUCCAACACUUUGACUUGGUUGUGAGGAGUACGCUUCCACAAGACACUGACGUCUCUGUCUACCGCGCCAGGAGUUUAGUCUCGUAGUUGCUUAGCUGACCGUGAGUUGCCCUCGGUUAUAACCACGAAAAAUGCAUCGAAAAGUGUUGAUCUGUGUAGUGUGUAAAACUACUGUUUAGUGCUGACUAAUCUAAGGCGCAUAAGGGACGAGAAUUAUAAUUGUGUACAAAGAUUGACGUGGUGUUGUGUUUUAAGUCUCAGAGGGGGAUUUCGAAAUCAGGUUGGGAAGUGAAGAAUACAAUAGUUGGGUAUCUUGGUCACGUCAUAUCACACCAAGCUCAGUUUGUAUAGAUUCAAGCUCGAACCGAUGGGCUAUGCAAUAUACCAGUCGACAUUCAUUACGCCAGUAAGUUCUUCAACAUAGCUGUAUGGUGAGACAUGGCGUAAACAUUAGUUAACUCACCUGCGUUAGACCCACUGAGACUGUCCUUCCGGUGAUUAUGUGGGCCUCGGAAUGCGUUCUUGCGACACAGGUGACCCAAUCUUGUCGAGGGGCUAGUUUCGUUUGCGAAUAAAUUGUGUUUAUUGUCUGUCUCACGACCAGUCGUUUUUCUGUAUGUCUAUCUGUUGGUCUGUUAGGGUUGAGCCCAUGAUGUUUGUAAGUGGCGAGCAUAUGAUGUCUCUUCAGUGGGAGUUUUCAGUCUUGGCACCCGAAAAAUCUCGCUUAACAAAUAGAUCGUAUUUAGACAUAAGAACAAUGGCCAGACAACCUGAAUCAAAUGAGAGGAUAGAAUGCGAGUGACGAGAGUUAGUGCUUAGUUCCGUGGUGCGAUUUCAAAGUUUAUUAUUGUAUCUCGGACUACGCUAGGAUCAGGUACUCAAUGAGUCUGCACCGAGAAGCAAAACUAAUGUAGUCGUUGUGAUUAGCGAUUUCGGAAUACGCACGGUGAGGUUGUGGCACUGCAGUGAACCAUGGCAGGAGUGAGUGUGGGACUUAAAGGUGUACGGGACUACUUUGGUGCUCGGUGGGAGUUGCAGUGUGAGGUUACUGGUGGAUCGGGAGUUGGAUUAGACUCAGUCGGACCCAUGUUUGAUUAUUGCAGUGUCAAUCGGUGUGACGACCUCUCAUGCUUGCUACAAGAGUGUUACCAACCAAAUCGGUCGGUGAAGUCUUUGUCAACAUCUAGUGCUUUAAGAUUGAUAAAUAAGGUGGUCAAUUUACUGGAAUCUCUACGCUGCUAUGUAAACCGUAUUGUUUUCUAAUCUUUCCAGCGUUUUGUCCCGCUUUUUCUAUUUCCUGUCACUUCUCCAGGUCACGGUUAUAUUAAUUCUCUUCUGACCGUAUAUUUUCAUUAAAUUUUAUGUCGUUUUGUGCAGAUUUCAAUUAUAGUGUACUUCUUUACUGGAUAAAAUAUAGUUCAGUGUUUCGUCAAACUGGAUCUUCUGUUUGUUUGUACUUUGUUCCGUGUGGUCUAGAACCAAUUUCUUGUUAUUUGUUCACUACAAAUUAUCGUCCAGUUCU